UUAUUUUUGAUGCUGGCUUGGUCGGUUGUGUCUUCUAGAAUACGACUUUCAAAUUUCCCCGAUGGAUGGAGCUCGCAUUGGCCUUGAGCCAUGGCUGGUCCCUGGCUCGCAUCCCGACUUGGGGGAUUUGGAUUUGCUGUGUGGUUAUUUAUUGGUUUGGCGUGCGCCUUUUAACCCCACCCCCCCUUCUCUUUCUCUUUCUUCGGCUACUCCAGAUAAAUUAGUAGCCAGACGAGCAAUAUUUUGUCACGCUGUUCAUCACGUCUUCGUCAAAACCCCAAGUGGUCUCGUCCCGUGUCAUCGACAUGAUCUUUUUUCCGACGCCGCAGAGCUCGUCGUCACCCCCCGACGGUGAGCUCACAGUACCUGAAAGUCCAUAUCGUCGCGAUCAUCCGAAUGCAAUGUCAAGCUCUGACCGUCCCGUGCGGACUUUCCUCCCCUUUGAUUCAUCAACAUCGGCCAACCCCGGGGCCGGGAGCUUCCCCUUCCCUGGCAGGGCGGGCGGCACCUCUGGCGCCAUGGCUAACAGAUUUGGCUCUGCCGCCAAUAUGUUGGUAUACCCCUUCAACACGUUCACCUACCCUGUUUAUUUGAAUGGUUCCAUGGGGUCGAACAUUUCGUCUAAUGGAGACUUUCCCUACAGCAGCGAGGAAGCUACUACCACCCAUCCCAUGAUGGACGAUAUAGCACGGCUGCAAAACCACUAUCCAACUGCUGACCCCAUGCAUUACGGUUCUUAUGAGCUUCAACCUAGCUUGGGCUAUGGCGACUCUGGGUACAACCUUCUAAGCCGGCAUGGUGCUCUGUACCACGACACCGCACAGGGAGGCAUCGACGCGUGGUAUUCCAGUAGUCCAGUUACAGGAGGCAAUCCCCCACCAUCCUAUAUACCACCAAUGCAGUAUCCGGAUGGCUGUACUCCUUAUCGACCCCAAUACGUCUCCCCCAGCACAGAUGCAUCCUCCAGCUCCUGCCGUGAGCCAUCCUCCUACCCCCGUGAACCUGAUUCAUCCGCCCACUAUCCUGGGGCGUAUCAUGCCUCGUGGCCACGAUGUGAGGACCAUGCCAUCUGUGAUCCGCAAGUAGUUGGUUCUAGUUUGCCAGAACAACCAGACCCGUCUAUGGCACCUUUACCUUUUGCUGCAAUAUUUUCACAUCCCUACAUAGGUCACGGAGAUGAUACAAGUAACCCUUCACAUCGUCCACCAUCCAUCCAGCCACAUCAAGAUCUGCCCCACCGUAAUUCACGUUCUCGCCAGAAUUCCCGGCGUCGUCGUAGAUCUCAUUCUUACAGAACCCACCACUCGCCGCCGUCCAUUGCUACAUUCUCUUGUGACUGGCUUGUCGGAGAAAAUACGACUUGUACAUUUAAAGGGCCACUGGAUGUAUUCAAGACGCAUUUCAGGCGCAGUCAUCUCUCAGGGGAUCAAAAUGCGCCAAAUGCAUGUCGUUGGCGCAAUUGUACAUAUCGGAAACGCGACAAUGCAGACAUUUGCGUCAUGCGGCGUGACAGUGUGCGGCGUCAUGUUUGGGAGACCCAUCUGGGUUUGAAGAGGAAAAUCUGAUCUUUUUGUUUUCGUCAUGAUAUUAUGCGUUUUCUUCAAUACUCUUGAUUGUCCAAAAUUUUUAUGUUCGUCACGAUAUUACGCAUUUUCUCCAAUGUUCUUGAUUGUCCUCUUGGGGAAACCCAUCCGGGGGUGAAGAGGAUCAUCCGAUCUUUUUAUGUUCGUCACGAUACCACUUAUUUUAUUCCAUGAUCUUCCUCUUAGUGUAGCAUAACCACGACCUUCAUCUGCUCUCUUCUUCUCUUGCUAUCAGUAAGUAAUCCGCUACUCAGAGUGCUACAAGCUUACAUGGAUCAUGAUGGACUCCAA